AUGCGGGCACCAGCUGGAUGGGUGUGCGUUAACGUUCGCAGCGCUUUUAAUCAGACUCUCAUGGUUAUACUUAUUAAUGUACCAGCAAUAUCGUUUGGUCUGGCCUUGGGUUGGGUGUCACUGGCGAGUGGCGAGGCAGGAUCAGCUGAUGGUGGUAAACAAGACGAGAGUGGCGCUGUCAUAGCCGCUGUCAUCAUGUUCGUGGCCUGCUUCAUUGGUGUUCCGCUUAGCGCUAAAGCGAUAACAUAUGGCAGGAAAAUCGCUGUUAUAGCCGCGUCCGCUUGCUUUGUGGUGUGCUGGUCUUUCAAGUUGAUAUCGCUGAAGGGCAGCGGAUGGUGGUUGGUAGCAGGACGCGUUGCUGCUGGUCUGGGCGGCGCUGCUGCUUGGGCACUAGCACCAUUGCUUGCGCGUGAAAUGUGCAGCGCAAAAUGGCGCGGAGCAGCCGUAUCAGCAUUGCCACUGGCUCACAACGUAGGCGUGCUGCUUAUGUAUCUUGCUGCAGAUGCUAAGUUACAUUUGAGAACGGUGAUGUGGUGGUGCUUAGGACUGUCUGUGGGUCAUUUAUUCAUAUUUAUGCUGGUACCAGAGUCCCCAUCAUUCCUUGCGGCUAAGGGAAAGGAUGAGGAAGCGCGCAUGUCUCUGGCUUGGCUGCGAGGUCAGCCUGUACAUGCUCCAGAACUUGAUGCUGAAUUGAAGACACUGCCACCAGCCGAGACCCAUGACCAGUCUUCUCUAGCACUCGUAAAGGAAAUGUGGAGAGAUCGCCAGCGACGAGUUGCUCUCAUCAUCGGUGGUUUAGCAGUAGUUGGGCAGGAGGCUUGCGGUGUCCUGGCCAUUCUGCAGUACGCUGAACGUUUGUUUGUGCUUGCCCGUGAAGGAAGUUCAGGUAGCGGGAUGCAGAUCGCCACACCAGCGCGUCUUGCUUUAUUGGUCGGCGCCGCACAGCUAGCUGCCUCGGCUCUCUCCCUAUACCUUGUCGAGAGGUUGGGCCGCAGGCCGUUGAUAGUAUGGUGCGCGUGGUUAGCUGGUGGGGCGUUAGCAGCGGCUGCAGCAGCUCUUUGGUGGCAACAGCCUGAAGGCGCGGCUCUUGCUAUAGCUUUAGCAGUAGCCGCUGAUGCUGCAGGACUUCAGCCAGCUCCUUACGCACUUCUUGCUGAUAUGUUCCAUUAUGAGUACCGUGGCUGUGCGUUGAUGCUGGUAACAGUAGCAGCUUGCGCGGGCAAUGCUUUAGAAGUGGGCGUCUUCCCGGCUGUGGUGGCUCGAGGAGGAGUAGCAGCGGCACUCACUCUAGCAGCUAUGCUCACAUCACUCUACGCAGUGUUCGCCACCUGUGCGGUACCUGAAACACGUUUGAAGACACCAGAAGAAAUUUACCAAGAAUUAUGUCCUGAGAGAAUGAGUGUUGUGCAGGGUACUUGCGAUAGUGUCAAGGUUAAUAGUGAUCUGGAUUGUAGGACUAUAGAAAGUAAACAGACUAUGUGCACUAGGUUUUAA